AAAACACUCCAAACGUGACAAAAGCUUGAUUUUAUGCUAUAGGAAAGCAGCAGCGUGUUAUCUGGGCAAUUCAUUUCUGGAAUCAAAUAAUACUUGUAGUCGCAGCUUCAUUUACAACCCACAUCGCACACCGAACUCGAAGCUCGCAACUGAAACUCAAUACCCAGAACAGAUUCAACUCUUUUGCUAUUGCUGUGACUAUAAAAACAAAGCAUCAAGCCACAAACGAGCAACAGUCAUUGGGUAGUUGGGAACAUGUGGGAGCCACAAGCACUGAGCAUUAUCAUUUACACGCUGCUGGGCCUGGCUCUAACGCUGCCCCUCGAGGAGCCUCGCUACAAUCAACUGGGCUACAAACACGAUCAAUUGGCCAAUUCAACCAUGUGUAAUAACAGCGUAAUUGCCACGACCGAUCGACGGGGGGUUCCGGCCACUACGCCCUCGCCCACGCCCUCGGCCACGCCCACGCCCAUGCCCAGGCCCAGGCCUACGCCACAAUUCGAGUAUGCGCUGCUUGGCCAAGACUCUAGGGAUCAGCAUUGGUAUCGUGUGAGUCUAACACCGCUGGACAACAAGUCGGGCUAUCGAGCGCAGUUCGCAAUGCGACAACCUCCACCAUAUGACUCUCAGCAGGCGCACAAGCACGAUAAGAUGAUCACUGAGUUGCUGAAUUUCCUGGAUAAAUCUGAGGAGCACAAUCUACAGAAGGCCUACAGACAGCUACUGGCCAGUGCCGAGUACAACGACGAGGAGAGCAAGAUGAAGCAGGGCGUGGAUAAAACCGAAGUUCAAAUGGAUGACGACGUGGACUUGAAAAGUAAUUUGAAGACUGAUCCCAAUCAUCGUCUUAUUUUGGUGGCUGAAUUGCCGGGAGCCACGACCGCAAAUAACCAGAGUGGCAACGAUUCGAAUGAGGUGAACAAUUUAGUAUACUUCAUAAAGGGCUUAAAGUAAAGGGUACUUCUGCAUGAUACCCAGUUGAGAGACAUCUAUACCUCGAAUCUGGUAUUAUCUAAUAUUAUCAAUUUCCCAAUUAAUUAUAUAUAUAAAUAAAAAAAAGUAUUAGAAAUAUGAAAGCAUUAAAUAAACGAUUAAAAAAUA